AUGCUUGCCUCCCUGCAUUUUGGCAAAACCGUGUGCCGGUUUCCGCGCGUCGUCACCUGCAUAUCAUGCGUGCGAACCACUCACGACACGACUUUCGUUCACCGAGAUUCUGAGGACAACAACGCUCACACUCCAAAGUUCGAGUUUACGGCGAAUAAUAUCAAAAGGAUCGAGGCAAUCAAGGCGAUGUACCCUGAAGGCCACAAGUCGGCCGCAAUUCUGCCUGUUUUGGACAUUGCACAGCGCCAGCAUGGAUGGCUUCCGUUGUCCGUCAUGAACAAAGUGGCAGACAUCCUCGACGUUCCUCGAAUGCGAAUCUACGAGGUGGCUACGUUUUAUACAAUGUUUAAUCGACACUUCGUCGGUCGGUAUCACGUUCAGGUGUGCACUACGACGCCAUGCAUGCUGCGUGGUGCGCAAGAACUUGUUCGGUCGAUCAGCGAACAUUUAGGUGAGCAUUGUGUCGGCAAGACCACCGAAGAUGGUUUGUUCACGGUUUCUGAGGUCGAAUGCUUGGGCGCAUGUGUUAAUGCACCUAUAAUGCAAGUGAAUGACGACUUCUAUGAAGACCUCACCGUUCGCGAUGCUGCAGAGAUAAUAAGUCAUUUGAAGAAAGGAAUUAAGCCCAAAGCUGGACCGCGUAGUGGAAGGCUUGCUGCAGAGCCAAUCACUGGACUCACUUCACUGACAGAUCCCCCUUACGGUCCAGGUUUCAAAGUUCGAAAAGAUCUUUGA